AUGAGUGACGUUUCCUGGCCGUCCGACUCCGACAGCGACGGAAAGCCGCCUGGGUGGCGCCACUGGUGGGAAAGGGAACCACCGCGGAGCGCCGAUCAGUCGGACAGUGCUGACGAGGAGGAGGACGCCGCGGACGGCUCGGAGCCCGACGGCUCGGAGCCCGACGACUCGGAGCCCGACGACGCCGACGAAGCGGACGAGGAGGAGGGCGCCGCCGACGACGCUUACGAGGAGGAGGGCGCCGCCGACGACGUGGACGCGGAGGAACAUGCCGUCGACGACGCGGAUGACGAGGAACCCGCCGCCGACGAUGCGGAAGAGGACGAGGACUCUGACGCGAAGUGGGCGCGGCUGGAGGAGGCCUUGGCCGCCGAUGAGAAGGCGGCCGCGAAAAAGAAGGCUCGCGCGAAGAAGGCAGCCGUGGCGCGGGCGCGGGCGCCGGCCGAGGUGACGGACGAGGAGGAGGAGUACAACGGCUCUUUGGAGUACUCCUCGUCAGAAGAUGACUCGUCGGAGUCCACCUCGUCGGACGACAGCUCCUCGUCGGAGAAGGCUUCUCGCAAACGGGGGCGCCCGGACGACGACGAGGCAGAGUCGUCGUACAAACGUUCCAAGUAG